UUAUCACAUUAUCACAGUCCACUGUCGUUGCAGAGGAAAGAGAGACAGAGGAAAGAGAUAUGGUGUCCGGAUCUGGAAUCUGCGCUCGGCGAGUGGUGGUGGACGCUCGCCACCACAUGCUCGGCCGCCUGGCAUCGAUCUUGGCGAAGGAGCUCCUCAACGGCCAGAAAGUGGUGGUGGUCCGCUGCGAAGAGAUCUGCCUCUCCGGCGGCCUCGUCCGCCAGAAAAUGAAGUAUUUGCGCUUCCUCCGCAAGAGAAUGAACACCAAGCCCUCUCAUGGUCCCAUCCACUUCCGAGCCCCCGCCAAGAUCCUAUGGCGAACCAUCCGCGGGAUGAUUCCUCACAAGACUAAGCGUGGAGCGGCCGCGCUUGCGAGGUUGAAGGUAUACGAAGGAAUUCCUCCUCCCUAUGACAAGAUGAAGAGGAUGGUCAUCCCCGAUGCUCUCAAGGUUUUGAGACUUCAGGCUGGACAUAAAUACUGCUUGUUGGGUCGUCUUUCCUCAGAGGUUGGAUGGAACUAUUAUGACACUAUCAAGGAGCUGGAGAAGAAGAGGAAAGAGAGGGCCCAGGUGGUAUAUGAGAGGAAGAAGCAGCUAAAUAAACUGAAGGUCAAGGCUGAGAAGGCUGCGGAGGAGAAGCUUGGUUCCCAACUAGACAUUCUUGCUCCUGUCAAGUACUAAGUUUGUUGGUCUUUGUUAGUUGCUUAGAAUAUUGUUGAGAAUUGUAUGUUGGAUUUUGUUUCAGCUUUUUUGAUUAUGCGAGGACCCUACCUGACUUCUAUAUAGUUUUAAGUGGCUCUAUUGUUUUCCAACUAGUGGGUGCCCCAUUUUUAUUUAAUUUACAGGUAUAAUCUAUUUUUGGCCUA